ACGAGUGGGUAGUAAUCUUAUCAGCCAACCUUGUUGCCAGGGCUUUUUUCUGACAAUCUAAGAAAAAGAAAGAGAAACUCGUGGCUUCCUUUGUAAGGUGCAAUGUUUUUAUUGCCAGGCAGGGCGACAAGUGCGAUGUGUGAAAAUUGGGGUACGUUUGGAGCAAAGGGAUGAGUGACGACUGAUCAACAUCAUUUUGAUAGAAGACGGCGAAAAUAACCUGGGGAGGAGGGUGCUUCCAAAAAAUAGGUCAAAGCUCUUUGAAGAAGUCCAGGGACGAGAAAUGUUGACCUAACCCUUCUCAAAUGCGCACUGUUUCCAUCAGCAAAGGAAUAGUUAUUGAAUUUUUAUGAUGUGAGCGACUAGAUGAAAAACUUAACUUCGUUCCUAAGGGUUUCCGCAUUUUGAGGCGUAGCGACCCCCUGGGGGCGACAGGGAUGUGGCAAACUGAAAAUGGUAGUCUGUAAGUAAUCUGGGUCGAGUGUGCUUUGCCUUUUCUUAGCAACGAGGAUUGUUGACAAACCCCCUGAAAAGUGUGAUCAAAACAUUCGAUUUUUAAAAUGGCGGCUAUGACAGCUCAAAAGACCAACUUAAGAAAAAAUGCAGAUGUAUCUUUGACACCUAAAGAUCUUAUACAUCCACACGAAGCCAGUAAUCUACCAGGAUAUAGUGGUUAUACCCCACAGUUAAAAUUCAAUUGUGGACACACUUAUGGUUAUCACACUGACAAACUUUCUAACAAAUAUACGAAGAACGAAAAACUUUCUUCAUUCAGACCACUAUCCAAUGACAUUUUUGUUUACAACAACAAUGCUAGAGAAUGUUUCUUACCCCCUGAUGGCGGGGACAGAAAAUAUGUUGAAAAAAUGGUUCCGGGAUAUACUGGUUUUGUCCCACAGCAUACCUUUAAAUACGGUCAAACAUACAAAGAAGGAACGGAAGAUGCCAUAAUAGAUUUUAAAAGAAGCCAAUACAAGAAUAAAGUUGAUGGCUACACUUUAAGAGAAACGACUCGUUCACAACCAAGCCUAACAGUGCAUCUGGACUAUCCCCCUCCUGACCCGUCUCAUCCAGGUGUGAAUGUUAGGUACAUCGCUGCUUAUAAUGGCAAAUCUUUUGAUGAAAGGAGAAAGUUUACGGAAGCUCCUAUACCAGGCUACAAAGGUUACGUGCCAAGGCAUGAGGAACAUAAACUUGGAGGGAGAUAUGGUGUAUGGACGCGUUACGCCUAUGGCGAUGCGUUGGGAACGAUGUUGACACGAGAGAGAAACAAAACUGAGAAAAUAGACGUUUCUGAAUUUAAGCCUAGCAAACAUUCCCAUACCUCUACUUGGCCAUUACCUGAUACUGGUAAUCUUCGGUACGUGUCUGUGUAUAACAGAAGACUUGGAAUGGUGCCAGAUUACACCGGAUUUGUUCCUCAACGCCGAUUCGAUUUUGGUGAGACAUACGGAGAUUCAACGCGUGCUUUACCCGUUUGUUACGACACUCAAGGAUAUUCAACUGGAAAAUAUAACAACCCAGGUCCACCAAUAGAAAGAACAGUAAUACCAGUUCGAAUAUAAGCCAUUUUGCUUCUUCUGAUAAAUCCCUCAACAUCUGCUGCAACCUUCACUGAUGAUGAAUCACAAGGCUUUCUGUUGGAAGAGAAAAGGCAAAGUCUAGGUUAUGAAUUUAAAUUCAAAACCUCAGAAUUUGUCAACAUAAUUUGGUUAGUUUAGCCUGAAUUUUUUUUUUAACUUUGAAUUUUUUUUGCUAAAAAUUUACGGGCACGGGCAUAUCAACUUUUCAUCCCUGGCGCCAUAUAAAACGUAGGUACAUUUUUUAAAUCGUUACAAUAUUGCGAUUUUAUAUUUACCGUUAUUCCUCUAAUAUAACGCGUCCUGUCUAGUCUGAAUGGCUGUUUUUCGAAAUUUCCUUAAUUUAUAUCAUCUAAUUUUUAGUGCGAUACUCUUUACUAAUUUUUUUUGUUUUUCCUCUCAUUUAAUGCGACUAAGGUCAGAUUUUUCUCUAAUUAGAGUGCGAACCAAAUAAUGUGAUAAUAUGGUGAUAAUACUUGUUUUCGUUAUUGGAUUGGAACCUCCCGCCAAAUAUUGUUUUUUGACAUUGAAUCAAAGUUUACUUAAUAAACUGGUACAAACAGUUGUAACAGAAGUAAAUAAACACAAUGAAAGACAAAAAUCGAUGAAAGAAAAGUGAUAGAAAAAAUAAAAUAAAAACUUAAAAAAUGUUAGUUCUUUUUUCUCUAGUGCGUCUUCCUCUUAUUUUUAAUGGAAAUAAUAUUUUCGAAACAAGCCAAUUUAUUUCCUCUAAUUAUAAGUGAGAUCCUAAGAAAAAAAUAAUUUUUUCGCACUAAAUUAGACGAAUGACGGUAUGCGUCGUUGAUCAUUUAAGCGUGUCAAUAAGGGCGAAUAUCCAUAGGACGAUUUUUAGGACGAUCGUCAUCAACACUCUAAUUAUUUAGUCGCUUGUCACAAAAAGAGUCGCGAAUAUCGUCCAGUGGAGAUUCGGCUUAAAGACGAUCAUUUUUGUUAAUUUGAUAUUGUAUUAUAAUGCAAGGAUUAUGCUGUUAUAUUAAUUUUAAAAUACAAAUAAAGCAAA